AGCUCAGCACAGGAUAAGACAAGACGCAAAGCAUUCUGACCUCUGGCUAGGGUCCCCUGUCACUGUUGAUACCACAGCAUUUGGCUUGGUUUGCAUUCUGUAAAUCAACAUAAACAGGGAAGCAAUGGAGCCACACUUUGUGGAAAGAGACGGCUUGGGUCAGACAGGUGGCAAGAGGGACAGGUGGUCAGGAUUUCCUGAUGGGCUGGAGACGAGAAGAGUCGCGGAUGCCCAUGCCUUUGGCCUGAGGAGCUGAAAGCCGGUUGUCCUACCUGUGCUGGGGGAGGCUGCAGAUGGGGCAAAGUUCAGUUUGGGGCGUGCUUGUGACGUUAGGCAUCCAAGAGACGAUGUUAAGCGGGGCAGCUGGCUGUGCAAGGCUGGAGGGCCUGGCCGGCUACCCACAGACGGCCCUGGGAAAGGAACCUCAGCCACCCGCCCUGCUCACCCUGAAGCACGGCAUGGAGACAGGGAAACCUUGUCACUGUCACUUUAAGUCUCCUGAGGAAGGAGGUCCAUCGCCCACUGCUCACCACACGGAGGUAAGUGAGAGAAGGAAGUGGGGCAGGGUGUGGAGAACACCCAGCCCGGCUGCUCCCCCGGCCUGCUCACACCUGCAGACUUCCUGCAAUGAGACCGGAAACAGGUGCCGUCCCCACCACCACAGCCCCCAGAGCCUGGGCCAGAGGGGAGCCAUGGACAGGCCCCGGGCCCUGCUCCUGCUCUUGGCGCUGCUGACACUCUGCGUCACUGCUGGGACCCCCAAGGUCUGGGUGCAAGUUCAGACGGAGGCCGCCAAGUCCCCGUCCUUCACUGUCCGCUGUGGAUUCCUGGGAUCUGGCUCCAUCUCCCUGGUGACUGUGAGCUGCGGGAAGCCCGAUGGUGCCGAAGGGGCCAGCCUGGCUGUGCUGCACCCAGAAUUCGGCACGGAGCUGAAGGCCCCAGCCCUCCAGGCCCACUGGGAAACCAAAACCAGCAUCUCCCUCACCCUGGAAGGGUCUGAGGGGAGAAGCCCCAUUCCGAACACCACCUUCUGCUGCAAGUUUGUUUCCUUCCCCGAGGGCUCCCAGGCGGCCUGUGGGAACCCCUCCCUCAGCACAGACCAAGGUGGGGCUGGCGAGGGGAGGGCGCCCCGGGAGGGCAGGGAGGGCCUCCCAGCACCAGGCGCCGUCUGGUGCGUCUCUCUGUGCACAGGGCUCUCUGCCUCCACUCCAGCCCCCGUCUUGCGGGCCGACCUGGCUGGGAUCUGGGGAGUCUCGGGGGUCCUCCUCUUUGGCUGCUUCUACCUCCUCCACCUCCUGCGCCGGCAGAGGCACUGGUCUGUCAUGAAGCUUCAGCCACCCCUCAGCAGCCCCCAGACACAGAUGCCAGCAAGGGCGGCCGGCCCAGCCUCCCUGGCCUCUCUCCACAUCCCCUAUGCCACGGUCAACACCAGCUACUUCUGCCCAGCAACUCUGGAUACCGUCCUCCCGCCCCAGCCGCUGUCAAGGUGGGCGCAGCUCCCCACCCACAGGACACGCCAACCCCAGGCACCUGCCCCCUGGGCAUCCCUGCCAGCCUCUGCUCGCAGCAGUUUCAUCUCCGUUGAGAAUGGACUCUAUACUCAGGCAGGAGAGAGGCCUCCCCACGCAGGCCCCAACCUUACCCCUUUCCCUGACCCUCUGGGGCCCAGAGCCGUGGAGGGUCGUUUAGGAGUUCGAUGAGAGGGACCCCAAGUCCACUCAGCCUUCCUCCCCUCCCAGGCCUCUGGGACCCCCUCUGUUGGGUGUCUGCAUCCUGGGCGCCACCACCUUUGCACAUCUGGUUUUAUUCUUAGGCCUCCAGUAAGUGUCUCCACACAUGCCUGGCCAGGGUGCACUUGUUGCGGAUGUGGUCAGCGUGUGUGGGCACACGUGUGUGUAUGUGAGGUGACAAACCCCAUCCCAGGUGGUUUCCUGUUCUCAAGUCCCCAACUCUCCCAAGUGAUGUCAUAACUAAGUCAACAAAAUGGUUUCUCUGACCGGA